AAUGAAUUAUUCUAACUAUUCUGAAAAACAUAAAAAGAGUGUGUCUCCUAUUUUAAAGACUACAAGCGAAGAUAAGAAAAUACUUCAUAAUAAUAAAGAAAAUUACAUUUAAUAUCUUGAGUAACAAUUAGAAAAAGUAUAAAUAUUUUUAAUUAAUAGGCAGCAACUAUGGUUCAUAAAAAAUAUGAAUAGAGAAUCAAAGGAAUUGAAUAAUUGAUUGAAGAUCAUGAUGAUAAGUUGAAGAACUUCAUUAAAUUAAUAAAAUUAUUGUAAAAUUUUGCAGAAACUCAAGAAUAAGAAAAUAGUAAGAUUACAAGACAUAUAAAUACAAAAAUGGAAGAACUGUAUCAUAAUGAAUUAAGAAAUAUUAAUCAACAAUUACAUGAAUCCAAUUACCGAUUAGAGUUAUUGGAAGCAACUCAAUUAAAAGAUUAAUAACCUCUUUUUGAAGAUUUUGAAAAAUCCAUAAAUCGUAAAAUAGAUGUUAUGAUGAGCGAGAUUAGAUAGAGUGCAUUAAAAGUAGAUUAUUAAAAAUUAGAAUAACGAGUAGCUCGGCUUGAAAUUUAACCAGAUACAUAAAUUAAGAUUUAGGAUACAGAAAGGUUGCAUCAUGAUAAGAUUGUUGAAUAAAAAUUAAGUGAUUUAAAAUUACUUAUGGAUAAUUUAUUAAAAGAUUAAGAAAUUUUAAAGAAUAAUGUUCAAAAUAUACAUAUUGACUUAAAUCAAUAGAAAACUUUAUCUUAAGCUUAACUAUAAAGAUAGUCAAGACAAUCCGUAGCCCAACAAUCUGAAGGUGAAUCUAUAAUGAAACCAAAAUCAUCAGCCAAAGACAAUAUCAAAACAGAAAAAAAAAAUAAUAAUAAAAAAUCAAUAAGUCGUUCACAAUCUAAUAAAAAACCUAUUGAUAAAAAAAAUUUAAAGCUCAAUUAAACUAAAUCUAAUAAACAUGGAUUACACUCUAAGAAUUGA